UUGUUUCUCUCUAUUAUCUCCGGAGUAUUAUUUUCUCUCUCAUCAAUCAGCAAUCAUCCGUAUAAUAUCACAUUUGCUUCGCCGGGGAGUUGAACGAUACUCCGCCGUCCGCCGAUGAAUGUCCGAUGGGCCACAAAUCUGUUUGGAAGAAUUUGAAGAAUUGGUAUUGCAUUGCAGAGUUUGACUCGGUAAGAGAAAAAUAUUGAGUCUAGGGUUUUCCAUUUUCUGGAGCUGCGAUUGUUAAUAUAGGGAUUUGAGUAGAAUUGGGGCACUUGGAUUUUUGUGGGAGCCGGUGUUGGUUGGUUGGUUGGUUUUUCAUUUGUUAAUCAUUUGGGACGGGGAGGAUAGGUGUGGGUUAGGGGAUAAUGUGUAUACUGUGCAUUAUUCAGAAGUGGUCUCGGAGGGUUGCUACCAUGUUGCCGUGGUUAGUGAUUCCGCUGAUUGGGCUAUGGGCACUAUCACAGGCGUUGCCCCCGGCAUACCGGUUCGAAAUCACGUCUCCCAGGCUUGCUUGUGUCUUUGUACUAUUGGUCACGCUUUUUUGGUAUGAGGUUUUGAUGCCUAGAUUGUCGUCUUGGCGGGCAAGGAGGAAUCAUAUGCUUAGGGAGAGGAAGAGGUUUGAAGCAAUUGAAUUGCAGAAGUUGAGAAAAACAGCCACAAGAAGGUGUAGAAAUUGUUUGACUCCAUACAGGGAACAGAAUCCUGGCGGCGGCAAGUUCAUGUGCGCAUAUUGUGGUCAUAUUUCUAAAAGACCAGUCCUGGACUUGCCUGUGCCACCAGGCUUGGUCUUAUCGAAUUCUGGGAUUUUGAAGGACUUGGUGGGAAGAAGUGGGAAGAUAUUGAGUCGUAAGGUUUGGUCUGAUAGGCGGUGGACAUGCGGACAGGAUUGGAUUGAGAAUGGAAAAUGGGUUGGUGGUUCUUUUCCUGCCAAGUCAAGUUACUGGAGCAAGAAUGGCGGUGGGUUUUUUAACGGUGAUCAUUGUUUAGCUAAAAAGUCUUAUUUUCGGGUGUUUGUAUUUGCUUGCAAAGCAUUGACUGCUGUAUACACAAGUAUCGUGUGGCUUUGUAGAAAGAUUUUUAGGACUAGUUCUUCCGGGGAUGAUGCUUCUGUUGAUGCUGAGCGGAGAGGAAUGUUGGAUAAAAGAGGUGAAAAUGGAGGAAAUUGUCAAGAGAGUAAAGGUGAGAAAGCUCGAAGAAAAGCAGAAGAGAAGAGGCAGGCUAGGUUAGAAAAAGAGCUAUUGGAAGAAGAAGAAAGAAAGCAAAGGGAGGAAGUUGCUAGAUUGGUCGAAGAACGUAGGAGAUUACGAGAUGAAAAGAUGGAGGCUGAAAAAGAACGUGGGAAAGGAUCUUCUCCUAAGGAAAGAGAAAGUAAAAAAGAGUCAGAAAAAAGACAUCAGGAGAAGAAGAAAGAACGCGACAGGGGAUCUAGCAAAAGCAACUCAGAUGUAGAAGAACUGGAAAAAAGAGCAGGCAAGGAAGGUGAACGUAGCAAACGGAAUGAGAAUGAUCGACGUGAACAAAAAUUUGGGUCUGAAUUUUCAAAGGCUCAAAACACUGAAUCUGGACAUGGUUUUAAGGGUGCUAAUGCAAACAAUCAUAACCGUGGAAAUAAUGGAACUAGGUACUUUGACCGUAUGAGGGGUACCUUUUUGUCAUCUUCUAGAGCACUCACAGGAGGUGGCUUUUUUGGAAAGAGUCCAUCUACUGCUCCAAAAGAACAUAAAUCUUGCACAUCUAUAGACUAUAUUCAGGCAUAUGCCCCUAGGAAGGAACCACCGCAGCCAGAUCGCUUUUCUGUCAAACCUAAUUUGAGUGGAGAUGAUAGGAACAUCAAUCAUCCUGUACUCAUUGAACCUCAACCAUGUACAGCUCCCAAAAAGUCAUGGCAACAGUUAUUUACUCGUUCAUCUGCUGUUUCUCCACCCUCUAAUUCGAAUGUCAUAAGGAGACCGAAUGGAAAAUCCCAAGCAGGAGUUCACAGUCCCCCUUAUAGUAGUCACUCUCCACCAAUGCAAGCAUUUGACAAUCCUAUUAAUUUCGGACUCCCAUCUCCAUUUAAUUUGUCUUCUCUCACUUUUGGACCAACAAGUAGCAGCACAUCUCUUCCAUUAUCAUCUGAGACCAUGUUUCCUCGUAUAGGAGAACCAUUAUCUCCAUUACUACCUGAGGAAUCAGAGACUUACGAGGAUCCCAGUUAUGAAACAGAUCCAGUAACUUUGCUUGGUCCAGUUUCUGAGUCUCUUGAUAACUUCCACCGGGACCUAGGAUUUGUGACAGAUACAGGGUUGGAAAAAUUGCCUGCAGCUAAUAAUUUGCCUGCGUCUUCUGAAGUGACGACUAGGCCAUCACCAAUUGAGUCUCCAAUAUCCCGACCUCGAGUUCCUGAGGAAAGGCAUACUAACUCUUUUCUUUUCCCAACCACUCCUAAGGCUAAGGAUUUGCCUAAUGUGCCAAAGGAUGCUUCAAGUGAGGGAAAUGAUGCAGGAGAAUGGCAAAUGUGGAAGAGCUCUCCUCUUGGUCAGGACAGUCUAGGUUUGAUUGGUGGUUCAUCCUCAUGGCUUUUGAAUCAGGAACCGAACAGAUUGAACAGGGAGGAAAUUAUACCUCCUGCACCGCAGAAGACUAUGGCUUCACUGUUUAAAAAGGAUGAUCAAGUCCUUCCUGGUGUUCAUUCUCUUCAGAGUGGUGGCACUUUCAGUACUUCUAUGCUUGGGAGUACUGAUAGCAGGUUUUCAAAUCCUUUAAUUGAAAAGCAGUACACUCUGAAGCCUAAAGAGGAAGGCAUACCAAAUGAAAUGAUAUAUGGAAGUCCUAAUGCUGGUGCUGCUAACCAUCUAUUUGAGUUAUGUUCAACUAAUUCUUGGGCCAAAAAGGAGUGGAGUGUCCAUGGUACAGGAGAAAGCGUUGGAAUCUCGCCAGUGUCAAAUGUUGGUGGUUUAUAUUCCACUCCAAAUGCACAGUCUCUUUGGUCAUAUGAUUGAGAGAGAACAGAAGAGGGGAAAAAGAAAAGAGAAAAAAAAAAAAAGAAAAAAAAAAGAAAAGAAAAAAGAAGAAUAUGAUAGAGGGACAUGAAAUAUACCUCCCACUCUUGAGAGGAAAAGCAGCCUCUUUUGGAGGAGAGUUUAGAAAAACUGAAGCGAUGUAUCUUCCUUCUUUUGUUUACAAGGGAGAUUUACUUUAGCAAAGCUUGAUUGAUACACACUUAACACAUGCAUGACUGGCUAACUAUUCUCAAGA